AACUUGUUUCAUCAAAAUGCACACUUCUUCGUUCCAUGCGAUAGUUUAGGAGAAAUUGCGGUGAAAACGGUCUUCCCGUGUUAAAGGUACCAUCGAUUAACUUUGAAAGACGCUCUGUUUAUGCAGCCAAUAAAUGGCCAAUCAAUUGAUACAAAAUGAAUUCCGUGUUGUGGUCGAAAAUGUGCUGAAUCGAUGGACGGCACUCCGGCUCGCCGUGGAGCACGGGAUGGGAGGUCCAUUGGGUCUGAAUACGGCAAUAGAACUUAUUGAUUACGUGACAUCGUACUGCACAGAGAACAAAAAUGUUGAUUCAAUCGAUUUACGGGAAGUGCUGGAAGAAAUAAUGGAUCAAGAAUUUGAGACUAUCUGUGAGGAUGAUUCUACUCACGAAAUCAGCAACCUCCUGAUGAAAUACUUGGGGAAGCUGAAGGAAGGCAAAUUAGACGAAGUGCAUGCUGAACUAAACUUGAUGACUCCUUGCGAAAAAUGGAUCAUAAGUGGAGCUAAAAUCAAAUACAAGCAGAUGGACGACAGUAGCGAGAGUGAAGACGAAGAAGCGAAUCAGGAGGACAUGGAAGUGGAACCAACUCCAGCGUUGAGCAGCUCAGCGGUCAAUCCGAGUACCGGAGGUUCGAGCACAAAUUUUAUUGAAGAGAGCAUAGAUCCUGGAUGGAUACCUGUGAAAGGUAGGCGUCGUAGGUAAUACCAAUGUUACGAUGAAACAAUCGAAUAUAUAAAUGCUUUGUAUAUAAUAAAUCGGAUGGA